AUGAAGUGGGCUUACAAAGAGGAGAACAACUUCGAGAAGCGUCGUGCCGAAGGCGACAAAAUCCGUAGGAAGUACCCCGACCGCAUCCCGGUAAUUCUCCAGAGGCAAAUCGAUUAGACGCUUCUGGAUCUCAGGUCAUCGUCGAGAAGGCGCCAAAGUCGCAGCUCCGCGAUCUCGACAAAAAGAAGUACUUGGUUCCGUCGGAUCUCACUGUCGGACAGUUCUACUUCCUCAUUCGCAAGAGGUUGAUUUUUCAUAAAUUUUUCAAAUAUACAAAAUACUCAUAUCUUUCAAAAGAACAAAAAAAUGAUGAACGAUUUCUACAGAAUCCAUCUGAGACCUGAGGACGCACUCUUCUUCUUCGUCAACAAUGUCAUUCCGCAGACCAUGACCACCAUGGGACAGCUUUACCAGGUUUUUUUUUUUCAAACAUUCGGUCAAAAAUAAUUCAGAAAAUCAAUAACGUCAUUCUCAAGUUUAAGAGCAAAAAGAAAGAAAAUUUUAGUUUUAUCAAAAUAUAUAGAACUAUUUUUUCAGAAAACAAAAAAUCAAAGAAAAUGAUGUCAUUUUCAGUUCUUUCCCGUGUUAUGUUGUAUUUCGCAAUAUUCCCCAUUCAUUGAUUUCUCCGUGAGCAUGUCAUAAUCAUCUAAAGAAUGAUUCAUCACCUGGAAAAAGUUUUUUUGGUUUCCACAAGUUUUCCGAAAACAUUUGAAAAGCCUCAGCCAUGUGAAAUAAUUUAAGUGAAACCAAUAUCGACAAUAACUCACGGCUCUUCAUUUCCUCCUCAUUCAAAAGUUGGAAGGUUUUGAUGUAAAAAGUCCGGUAGCAAAGAUUUUCUGUGCGAAAAGCUUUGGAUCAAUCGAUCGGCGGAACAAAAAGAAAGGUUCGCGCUGAAGGUAAACAGCACAUUGGAAGCAUGCGGCGUCUGCACGUGACUGGUUCUCACAGAUCAAUCGAGUAGUUUAAUGUGUUGGCAAAAUAAAGCGAAGGAAACACGAGACUUUUUUCUCGGUAUCAAGAGGGAACCGUCUUCUUCUCUUUCUUUCUCGAUAACUUGUUCCUUCUAAAUUUGGGCUCAUCAAACUUUUUAAUGAAAUGAAGAUAUACCGGUUUUCCUAUCGCUGAUUCUUGGAUCUUAAAAUAGCCUCAAGUGCAAACUAGCCGGAAAUAACCGUUCAUUCUUUUUAAUGUUCAGAAUCUUGAUCAAAGUUUGAUCUCCAUCAAUUUUUCUCUUCUAUAUCUCACUUCUCACAAAAUUCCAUUGUAGGAUUUCUAAUUUUCUCAAAAUGAGAAGAGUUUUUCGAAAUGAGUCUAAAAAGUGUCAAAGGAAAAAAAAAACUUACGAAAUCCGAAAUGUUUUUGAAAUUUCAUCAGAAUGGUGCAUAAAUAAAUAAUAAAAUGAAAUUCAUAAACUCCAGUUCAUAAUUUUUUCGUAAAGUAUUCGAUAAUCCUCGAAGCGCUCUUACCUAACGAGGUUGCCAUUAAUUUACAAACUUUUGUGUGAUAUGGCACUGGUUGUGUGAUACAAACUGUAUUUUUGACAACAAAAUCUGAAUAAUUUUUUAUCAAAUCACUCAAUAAGCGUGUUCUAAUAAAGCCAUCAAAAUUAUAAACCAAAAAAAUAGUUCUCCAACAGACGCAUGCGCUGUUACUGGCGGCACAAACUUAUACUGAAAAUUAAAACGAAUAUAAUCAUUUUAUUUUUGUUUUCAAACGAAAGCAAUCAAAUAAUUUAAUUUGUUAACUUUGUAGUUUAAAAAAAGAAAACCUUGUGAUAAAAACCAAACUUACCACUAUUUGAUGAUUUAGGAUCACCACGAGGAGGAUCUGUUCUUGUACAUCGCCUACAGCGACGAGAGCGUCUACGGAGGCAACGAGGUCGUCGCCUGA